AUGGCGGAAGAAGACAGGAAAGGUCUUCUAGAGGGAACCCAGCCUUAUUCUUCGCAACAGAUUCCUAAAAAUGAAUACAAUGAAGCCCUAUUUCAGGAAAAAGGGAAGAGUCCGAAGGAAGUACGUGUGAAUUAUACUUUCUGAUAGUCUCUGACGUGAUCUGAUCAUAUCUGUCGUGAUUGUGACUGUUCAAGGAGUUCAAGCUUUGUAAGCUAGCUUACAAAGCUGUACGUUUUUUUUUCUCUACAUGACACUGAUUUCCCGCACAGACUACGUGUACGUGCUCAAUAUACCAACUCUCUGAAACAAACUUUUCUAAGUUAUAAACCUUUCCUUCAAGAUGUUUAUGAGAGAUCAGCUGAUUCAGUCAGUAGACCUGCACCGUUCUAAACCUCUUAUUUCAUAGGCCACCUUUAAUCUGCACUUCCAUUGUUUUCAGGGAUAGGAGCAUUGUUAUGUGACAAUCCCUAUUGUUUUCCCAGCCAAUCACAAACAAUCUUAUGAUUUAGGGGAGUCUCGAGAAGACAUGCGCGUGUGGCACUCGAAAGGAGACGGGAGUGCUAGGAGCGGAGAAAAAAAGGGAGCCGUUGCAAUAGCCUGUGUUGCAGACGUUAUCUAAUCCCGGUUAGUAACAUCUGCAAAGCAGCACCGAGAUCCCAACAGACUCAAUGAAUUACUGGAAAAGUGUUUCAAAUUUCCUAUCAACCCAACUGGCAAAUCGACAAAUUAUGACCUCUUUAAAAGGCCAAUCAUGCGGCACACUCAAAUCCUGGUACACAGGUUGGGACCUACAACAAGGAUUUUGGCACUGUUUAUAGAUGUUACUUAAAAUGAGGCUAUGCUUGCAAUGAUCAACUUUUGAUAAAUUUUCAUUUUCACCUGGGAAUCUGCAAAAUACUGCAAAACGUUAAAACUGUCAUCAGAAACGAGGAAUGUGUCAGUUGCCUGUCAGUUAUCCUCACCAGGCCAAUUGCACUAGUAAUGCCAGUGUUCGACAAAGAAAAAACUGCGACAGCGGAACCUCAAUGUAACAGCCCAAGGGACUGGCAAAAUAAAUUAUGUUCUCUAUAAAAUUAAAAGGUUUCAUUACGUCAAGGCUCUUUUUCAUAUAUUGUACCAUUUCUGCGGCGAAGCUCAUCAUUCAUUAUACAGAGGUUCGUAGACUUGCCUACAAGUCGAGCUCAAAUGCUCAUGUGCAUACAAGUAUAAAAAUAAGCAGUGCAUUCUUUUUAUUUUUAUUUAGAAACUUGUCAUGUACCUGUUCAUUGCGGUCGUCAUCAUUAUGAUCACAGUAAGUACAUACAAUAAACCAUUUCACCCUUAAAAUAGCAACAUAAAGAGGUUCACUUAACAGCUACAACUUCAUUUCUUGUGUCCAUACUUACCUCUGGGACUGAAAUGGUUAAGGGAAAAAUGUGUCAUUGGUUCUACAUGUAUGUAACCUUCCUUUAAAGUGUUCAUAAUGAUGUAAUUUUAGCCCUUACAAAAGAUGCAGUCUCUUGGAUUUAACAAACUUACUGUGUACAUGAAAUCCUAAUCUUGUCUUGGGUAUCCAGCAUCAACAAUAGCUCAAUGGAUUUUAUUAACUUUUCUCUCUAUUCUCUGUUUUGAUGUUGCUUGGUCUCACUUUCAUAACAUGCAUCAUGUCUUGUUUAAUCUUUUGUACAUGCACAGGGUAUGUAUCAGAAACAGUCAGUCAUGUGAAUUUAGCAUGAUUAUUAUUGUUGCAUAACUUAAACUGUCUUUGGUGCAAACACAUUUUCCUAAUCCGUUAAAUGUUGUUUUGGACCAAUUUUCUGUCUUUUAUUUGCCUAGAAUUGAAAUGUUUCCUGAUUGCUGCUCUUUUCUUCUGUUUCAACAGAUAACCACAAUUUUGUCAUUAUACCGAGGCACUAUAGUAGAUUCCACUUACAUUUUAUUAGGAGUCAGCAUCAUUUGUAAGUAUUUUAGUUAACCCUUUACUGUAAGUCCCAAUGGUGACUAACGUCAAUUUUCUCCUAACGAUAUCCAUACAAUGUCAAGAGAUUAGGUUAUGAGAAUUAAUAAAAUGAUCACCUAAGGGAAAAUGCCUUGAUCUUUUAUCAAAUUCUCUCAACUCAUUCAUGAAGGAAAUGUAUGGAGAUCAGUUUAGAGAAUUUGUAUGUGGAUAUUGGGGUUUAAAGGGUUAAACACCAUCAGACAGUUAGAUAUAUUAUUGUCAACUUCCUUUAAAUUCCCUUGUUCACACAAAGUAGACAACAGCUAAACUACUAUGUAAAGUAACAUUGAUGAUGAUAAUGAUAAUUAAUUAUGAUGAUGAUUUGGUGAUGAUGAUAAUGAUGGAAAUGAUGGUGACAGGUUAUUUACACAGAGAGUUUAAUCUUGGAAAUAUACAUUAUAACAAUAAUUAUCAAAUUAGAAAGUCAGUUUUCAGUGAGGAUCUCAAUUUUCCUGUUAUUUUAAUUUUCUUGCAGCUAUUGGCAUGGUUGAAGUAGUGUUGGUAAGUGCUUACAAGUACUGUUAAAAAAACGAGCGGGAGUGUACAUGUAUUAUCAGGUUUAAAAACUUGAGGCGAAUACAUAAAGUUCUGCAGGUUUUUUGAAUGGCUUCAAAAUAUCUUAAAUAUAGAUCAACUCAUGUUUGCACUAAUAUUUAGAUUUGGGGUUAUUUUGGUCUAAAAAAUUGGACAUAAAGUUUAGCCGUUUCUAUCAGAUAUAAAGACACUCAAUAAUGAGUUCUUUUGCUUUUUCUUUAUGAAGUUUUUGAAGUUAAAUUUAUACAUUGAACACUAAUAAUAAUAAUAAUAAUAAUAAUAAUAAAUAAUAAUAAUAAUAAUAAUUCAUACAUUGGUCACUUAUCUUCUCCCCUAGCUUGCCUCUAACAUUAUCAAGAUUUUUCUUUAGUUUCUCUGGAAUAAUCAUUUGUGGGACAGUUAUAAAGUUAUUUUUUUGCACUUUUAAAGAGGGUACAGGGUACAGGGGGUGGGAUUAGAGGGUGAUGUUGUGCAAGAGGAACCAUUAACCCAUGCUCCUGAACCGCUCGUAAUCACCUGUACGGAUCCACUUCCCUUCUACCACUUGUGAUGGCAUCAAUUUUAGCAGUCAAGGGCAACUUUGUGAUCUAACUUGUGCAAGGUGAACAGAGAUUGUUCAAACCAUGCCAGAAUGACCAUGAUUCAGUCAAGGAAGCUGGAGAAAAAUUUGAAGGCCAUAAAAACUUGAUCCAGAAAUUCCAAUGAAAAUCUAGUGCCAUUACUCAUCUCCUCUUCCUUCCAUCCAUCCAAUCCUACGAUCGUAAAAGCUUUCCGCAAAACUUUUCCCACUCAAAUGAAGCCUUAUAAAUGCCCAGAAAAAAAGAACAAGAAGAUAAAAGAUAUUAGUAAAAUCCAACUAGUGGUCUAUUUUCAAUGCUGCAUUCUGAUUGGUUGAGCUACUACUAGGCUAUAUGUUAUAGCCCACUAGUAGUGAAAAGCGACUGAUUUUUGGCAGUAAAAAAAGAUGAAAGUCUUGCUUGAAGUUGUUUUGUCUCCAUAUUUUUGACCAACUAGUUGGAUUUUACUAAAACAAUUAUUCCCCAUUGACUCAUCGCCCAUUAGCUAUUAACUCAGAGCCCAUUUGGGCUCGAGGAAUAAUUGUUAAAUAGUCGAGACUGCUCUGCCACUUUUAAACCCAAUCUCGAAAUUUUUCUUUUUAUGCAAGUCCGAGCUUUGGGAGCUGACAUUUUGCAUCUGGAACAGAAAUACGCGUUUUGGGCCGUUUUGUUUUUAAUAACCAGACAGUAACAAGAACACAGCUUGACUAGCCUUAAAAAAGUAUCCCCAGGAGGGAAUGGCUUAAACUGCUGUAAGAGAAAGUAAAGAGUGUUGUAAUGUACACCUAUUGGUGUUUUGGUUUUUGAUACAUGCAGAUGUUAUAUUCAGUUAUUUAGAAAAUACCGAACAUUAGCCUAACGUGAAAAACACGGUCGUUAUCUUUUCAUUAUUUUGCCUAAUCAACAAUUGUUCUGUGUGUUUGUCACAGGUGUACUGGUCCAAAACAGGGGAACUACCUACGGAAAAACUGUGGUUUCUUUACUUUGUGGGAAUCUGUAUUUUUCUUGAAGCUAUUUUUACAGAUGUUUUGCUGUAUCACAGACCGUUGGUUUAG